GAGAGAGAGAGAGAGAGAGAGAGAGAGAGAGAGAGAGAGAGAGAGAGAGAGAGAGAGAGAGAGAGAGAGAGAGAGAGAGAGAGAUGGAUAACGCGGGAGGAAUGAAGGCUUAUCCGACAAGAGCGGGGGAUUACAAGUUCCUUGAGGAAUGCGGGCAUGGCGUUAGCGCCAUCGUCUACAGGGCACUCUGUGUUCCACUGAAUGAGAUUGUUGCCAUCAAGGUCUUGGAUCUGGAGAAAUGUUCCAGCAAUUUGGACGAAAUCAGGAGGGAGGCGACGACGAUGAGUUUAAUCAACCAUCCGAACGUCGUCCGAGCCUAUUGCUCCUUUGUCGUGAACCAGAACUUGUGGGUGGUGAUGCCGUUCUUAUCUGGCGGCUCGUGCUUGCAUGUUAUGAAAGCCGCUUUCCCUGAAGGUUUCGAGGAGCUCGUGAUUGCCACGAUUUUGAAGGAGACACUUAAGGCUCUCGAGUAUCUUCAUCGUCACGGGCAUAUACAUCGGGAUGUGAAGGCGGGCAACAUCUUGAUUGACAGUAAUGGAGCGGUGAAGCUAGCUGAUUUUGGUGUGUCUGCUUGCAUGUUUGACACAGGGGAUCGACAGAAAUCCCGCCAGACUUUCGUGGGCACGCCGUGUUGGAUGGCCCCAGAGGUGAUGGAGCAAAUACACGGGUACGAUUUCAAGGCGGACAUUUGGUCCUUCGGUAUAACGGCUUUGGAGCUAGCCCACGGGCACGCGCCCUUUUCCAAGUACCCUCCUAUGAAGGUGCUGCUGAUGACUCUUCAGCACGAGCCUCCUGGCCUCAAUUUGGAUCGAGACAAGCGGUUUACGAAGUCGUUCAAGGAGAUGAUUGCCAGCUGCCUUGUGAAGGAUCCGUCGAAACGCCCGCCGGUGGAAAAGCUGCUGAAGCAUCCGUUUUUCAAGCAGGCGAAAUCGGCGGACUAUUUGGUGAGGCAUGUGUUGCAGGGGCUGCCUCCGUUGGGAGAGAGAGUGAAGGCGCUGAAGAUUAAGGACCAGGCGAGGAUGGCGGCGAAGAUGAUGCCGCUAGGCGAGCAGGAGGAAGUGUCCCACAACGAGUACAAGAGAGGGGUCAGCAGUUGGAAUUUCAGUAUUGAAGACCUGAAGCAGCAGGCGAAAGACGAGGAGGAAGACGGGGGGUCAUCGCAGGCGCCGUCGUCGGACGAGGGAAGCUUUGGUCGAGGAGCGGGCGGCGGCGGGAUGGUCUCCUCGAAGGGAGGGACAUCAGCGGGGGGGGGGAGUAGUAGGGGGACGCGAGGUAGUCACAGCGACGCGGAAUCCGACCCUUCUCCUUCCAUGGAAGGGUCCCCCAGACAAGCGCAGCACCGAACUCAUGCGAUGAUGUCGUCCACGGUUCAUCCUGCUCCCUUAUCUACGGCCUCGGCGGCGGCUGCGUCAGCUCUGGAUGGAGACAAGGGAGAGAAGGGGCUGAUGGCGGGGGCCAUGGAUAGUAGGGACGGUGGAGGGGCGGGCGCCGCUGCCCCCGCGGGAGGAGGAGGGGGUUACGCUGGCGCAGGACCGAUGAGGGGAAGGACGUCCCGGGGGCCGACGCCGCCCCCCAUGCAGAACGUGCAGAUGCUGAUCAUUGGAGGCGAAAGUCAGAACGGGCACAAGUUCUUGUCCGGGAACGGGGGAGGAGGAGGAGGGUUGUUUUCUCCCAAGACGGGGGAGGUGCAGCAGCAGCAUCAGUCGAUGUAUGGGGGUAGCGGCGGUGGCGGCGGCGGCGGCUCAAGUACAACCGGGGUAAUUGUAGUAAGAAAGGAAGGAGUAGUGAAGCACGUGGGCAGGUUUGAUGUGGAGAUUGCCGAGAGGACAUCCCCUCCGCAGCAGCAGCACCAACCUGGGGGGGCGGCAGGAGCACAGCGAUCCAUCGUGAUGGAAAGGCUCGAAGCUGUUACUGUUACAUCGGCAGUCCCAAUCGGCGGGGAGGUGGGGGAGAGGUCGUCGCGGCACAGUUCAGGCCUGGAGCGGGUGGCCAUAGAGAAUCGCACCGCGCUGGAGCAGCGCGAAAGAGAGCAUCGAGGAUCGCUCGGCAACCUGUCCUUUUUCGACAAAGAUAGAGAUCGGCCGCUGGCCAACGGCGUGCCAUCGUCUUCGGCGGCGGGGGCGGGCGGUGCGCCACGUGGCGCGGCCGCGUCGGCAGGGGCCACGCCGUCCAAAGACGCAGAGCAGUCGCAGGUGGUAAGGAAGGGGCGGUUCUCCGUGACACCUGGUAACGUCGAGGACGUGGAAUCUACCCUGCCUAUUCCGCCGAAGCGCCCAAACGCGGGGGCGGCGGUAAAGGCGGCGCAGCAGGCGCCGCAGUCGUCGCAGGUGCACAGGUCGCCGAGCAUCAACGACUGGUCAGCGCAGUCCGGGGGCGGAGCGGAUCGCAGAUCGUCCUUGAACCCCUCCUCCUCUCCUUCGCCGCCCAUCGUGAACCAUCCCGCUGCUACCACCGCCAGCGCCGGCGGCGGGGGCGGAUUGCUUGUUCCGGUUGUCAACGUCUUGCCGCAUCUUCAGAACAUGAUGCACCAUGUAAUCUGUGAACAAGAUUUGCUGCUCAAUCUCAUGAACUGUUUGUCCGCGAAUGACCCGAGCGCGUUGUGCAGGAGUAAGGUGAGCUCUAUGGGUAGUAGAGAGUCGGCCGAGCACGGCGGGGAUGUCACGGACAGAGAAAGAGACUUGCUGCGACAAGUAAUGGAACUUCAGAGUAGAGUCGCUGCUCUCACCGAGCAGUUGGAGUUGGUAAAGGGGAAGAACGUACAACUGGAGCGGAAACUGAACACGAUUUUCAACGAGGAGGAGGAAAGGCGGAUACACGCGGAGGAGCGGGACCGAAGCCCCGAUAAUGACUGAUUUCGUUGACGUGAUCUAUUGGAUUGGAAUGGAAUGGAAUGGAGUGUUCUGGGGAGAUGAUGAUACGACGCGCCUCUUCGUUGUUCUAGUCUAGAGGAUGAUGAAGAGAUUGAAGGUAGGAGGAGAGAGGCGAUGAGCGUUUUCGUGCGCGCCUUACGGAAGGGAGAGAGGGAGGUUGUUUGCUGACAUGGAAGCGGGCGACAUUGUCAGGGGUUUCUUCGUCGAGGCAUUAUUUGUGGGUGUUCUUCCUAUGCUCUCUCCACGUCGAUGAGGCGAGGAGAGGACAUUGCCAUUUGUUGGCUGGUCAUGGGCGAAUGCAAAAAAACAGAGAGAGAGAGAGAGAGAGAGAGAGAGAGAGAGAGAGAGAGAGAGAGAGAGAGAGAGUAGGGGGGUGCGGAAGAAUGUACCCGAGCUUCUCUUCAGGACACGGAUUGGAAGGUGUUCUAUUUUACACGUGAUGAUGACAAGAAGAGCGUUGCGUUCUAUUCUACGUGACCGCUUCUGAGUGUCGAGUAUGGUUGGAGAUAUUGGGAGGAAAAGCCUACAUACUCGGAGUUGUAAUUUGUGUAUGCGAGUGUGGAUGUGUGUGUGUGUGUGUGUGUGUGUGUGUGAGAGAGAGAGAGAGAGAGAGAGAGAGAGAGAGAGAGAGAGAGAGAGAGAGUGCAGGCAUUGCCGGCAGAAUGUGUUUACUCCGGAAGAGGAGCCAGAGGCCAGAGUUAGGCCAUCGGCCUGAUGGCCGGGUGAAUCGCAUAGGGAGGGGUGUGAGGAGGAAAGAGGGAAGGGGGGUAGGGGGAAAAGAAGGGGAUGUGUAGGAAGGGGAAGGGAGGGGUACGGUGCGAAGCUGUUAGAGGGGUGUAGGCAGUUAGUAGGGUAGGACCUGUGAUUGAUUUGAUUUUACUCCGAAAAUGCUGUCGUUGGAGCGUUUUGUAGAAGAAGCAUGCUGAGUAUUCGUAAGGAGUGAAGAAAUCCCGAAAGGCAUGGAAUGCCUUUGGUUCUGUAUCUGUGUGAAUUCUUUUUCGUUCUCCAUUUGUGCAUCCUGAAGGUAAAAAGAGGGUGGAGAGAGAGAGAGAGAGAGAGAGAGAGAGAGAGAGGCGCGCGAGACGCGGUGCGGCGUGCGUGGCGUGGGGUGGUUGUCUAUCGUCGUGCAGCGCGGCGUAAUCAGGGGAAGUAUGUUACAGCAAGACGGAGCUUGUUGGUUUUGAUCUCGGUUGCUUGGCAUGGGGCGGCAGUGUACUGUCUUGUAGUCCGGGUCAAGCGUCCCGCGUUUCCACCCUAUUUUUCCUCCUUUUUAACGAUUCUUGAUGUUAUUCUUCUUCUGCUUCUUUACGAUGUGCGUAGAGCGUCUCCGUGUCGAUGUCUCGCUCGUCCUCGUUGUUGUUCUCCGUCGUUUCCCAGGUGUUCCCAGCAGGGCGGCAUCCGACUGCGAUGAUGGUGCGAUGGAGAACGGAAAAGGGAAUACGGGCCGCGGGGAGGGGGAAGGAAGGGGAGAUGGUAGGGGAGAAGUUUGGCAAGGGGGGGUACCCUCACUAUUGGACUUUCCUCAGCUCGUUUCUUCAAUCAGUAUAUUCGCGUUUGCCAGUAAGUGCGCUUCCUUCUUAUCUGCCGAUUGAUGAAGCUUUUUCAUUUCUCUUUUUCUCUCUCUCUGUUGUGUUUCCGCUCGUUGUGACCUCCGGGUUGUUAUCCAUAUACUUCGUUCCGUUUGGCAUAUGCGUGUGCAUUGACAGAUAUAUCUCGCCGCAUGCGAGUGAUUCGCGCUGCUAUUCUUCUCUCUCCUCUUGAAUAAUCAUCGGAGAGGUGCUCUUUCUUCUCAUCCUCCCUUCUGCUCUUUCUUCUUCGCCUUUCUCUUCGUCUGCUCUCUCUUCGUUUAGUUUCUUUUCUUCUGCUUUCUCCGAAGCUGAGGAACAGAGCAGAGUUGUUUCAAGAACUCGGUGACAGCAGAGCCUCUUGAGA